AUGGCUACAUCUACUCUAGGUCUUGCUAAGCAUGCGCUUAGCACAUUAACUGGGGAGAAACCACACUCAUCCAUUACCGAUUGGAUAGAGCUAUUGUCGAGAGAGCAGUACAAAGAGGACGACUAUGACGGGAUCCCUGAAUUGGUCGAAUCAGUCAAUCUACAAUCAGGAGGUGCGGUGGAGGCGUCCAGGGCCAUUCGAAAGAAACUCAAGUAUGGGAAUGUCCAUCGUCAACUCCGUGCAUUGACGAUGUUGAAGGCUUUGGUCGAAAACUGCGGUCCUAAAUUCCAGUCGACCUUCGCAAAUGACCAGCUGGUUGAUCGAAUCAAAUUGAUGUCUCAGGAUCCUAUGACCGACGAGCAUGUGAAACGCAAACUAAUGUCCGUUUUGGCAAGCUGGCAUCGACAAUUCAAGGAUGAUCCGAAGAUGCACACAGUAUCAAAUUUAUAUAUCCAAUGCGGCGGUGGCAAAAAGCCAGUACCAAGCCAAACUCCUACGUCCCCUCGCCCACAUGCAGAAACUUUGUACGAGCAACACCAGCGAAAGGCUGAAGAAGAAGCACGUGCUCGCGCUGAGCGAAAGAUGAAAGAGCGGGAGGCGAAGGAAGAAGAAAAGCGAAAGCUUAAGGAAGAAAAGCUAGCUGCCAAGGAGCGGGAGCGGAAGGCACGCUCGCAGCCCGCACGUAGGCCGUUUGUUUAUGAAGCAGAGAAACCAAAGAUUCUGCAAACUAUCGCGGAGGCCUCGCAGGCAUCUACUAAUCUUGUUAACGCUGUGAAGCGCGUCAACCGCGAGCAGGAAUCCGUCACUACCAAUGCCGAUGUCCAAGAGUGCCUGGUGACUGCCAAGACGGUUCGAAAGCAAUUGAUCCGUUAUAUUCAACUUGCGAUCCAGAAAGAAGAAAUCAUUGGUACAUUACUGGACACAAAUGAACGCAUCAUUGCUGCGAUCCAGUUGUAUGACAAGAUGUCUAAAUCCCCCGAUCAAGAUUCCGACGAAGAAAUCCGACAAACUCUGGCCUCGACCGCCAUGGGGGAUAAACCCCAAACCGGGACGACACCAGGGGAUGACCGAGACACGGAACUUGAGAAAUUACAACUUAGACAGCGAGCCCGUAUUCAGCGGGAGAUCAGUCGGUCGUCGCUUCGAUCCAGUCUCACAGCCGGAGCGGUUGGGGCCGGAGCCGGAGCAGCCGGAGCAACUGCCCUGCAUCCCGAUUUGCAAGAUCUCGCGUGGGGCGGGGCCAGUUCUUCCAACCUGCAACCUCCUCUUCAGCCCGGUGGCCAAGAUGCAACUACUGAAGCAUAUACGAACCGAGGCUCUCUCUCCGAUUUCAGUGACUACGAUUCAUCCGACGAGGAAACGCAUCGUAAUGCUGCGGCUGGGUCUUCAUAUAACUAUCGAGAAGCGACGUCCGCGCCCCUUAGUUCUCAGCAGGCCGAUGACGACGAGGAUCCUUUUGCAGAUCCUUUUGCAGAUUCAAAUGGUGUGGGGACGCCUGGAAUACCGGAGAGGCGAAUGCAGUGGUAA